AUGGCGGAGAAUGCGCAAACCAGCCUAAUGCGCAAAGCAAGAACUUCAUCUUCUUUCAACCCCUUUGACCUCACAUGUAUAAUCUGGGGCAGCCAAUCCACCGUCCUCUCCCGCCGCCUAUCCUUCACCCGCGUGGAAAAAGCCCUCGGAACCCACAACACGGCGCUCCUCCCUCAAUGCUACGCCCACACCUCACGCGAAGCGCUCUUCGCCCAAGGCCUAGAAAUGGGGAAGGCGUGUUUGGAAGAUAUGAAAGAGUACGAACAUGAGCAUUUUGUGUGGAUUACGCCGAAGUAUCGGCUUGUUAAUGCUAGUCCCUUCGGUCACAAAGCCAUACUCUUUGAACCAGCCAUGCAACACAAUGGCACCGCGGAGCAGCAAUCCCAAUGGCUGCCGCUCGCAUGGGCAGGCAGGAUUCUCGGGACGUAUGCGCAGACGGAGUUGGGGCACGGAUCGUUUGUGCGGGGUGUGGAGACGACGGCGACAUUUGAUACGAAGACAGACGAGUUCGUUGUUGAUUCUCCUACUAUUUCCUCGACCAAGUUCUGGCCUGCGGGGUUGGGCUUCUCGACUACACACGGGGCGGUGAUGGCGCGACUGAUUGUCGGGGAGAAGGACCAUGGGCCGCAUAUUUUUCUGGUGCAGUUGAGGCGUGUGGAAAAUGGGAGGCCGAUGCCUGGCGUGGAGAUGGGGGAUGUGGGGUUGAAGAUGGGGUACAAUGAAGCAGACAACGGGUUUGCGUCGUUCAACCAUGUUCGAAUCCCCCGCUCGCAUAUGCUCAUGGCUCAUAGCCAGCUCGCGCGCGAUGGUACGUUUACCAAGGAUCCGCUGCGCGCAAAACUCUCUUAUUCGGUCAUGCUGCUUGUCCGUGGAAAGAUGCCUGGCGCUUUUGCCGUACAACUUGCACAAGCACUGACAAUCGCAACACGGUAUUCUGUUGUGCGGCAACAGGGGCUCGGUCCUGCGGAUGCACUGGACAGUGAAGCCACUAUCAUGCAAUACAAACACCAACACUUCCGUUUGCUCAGUCUUACAUCAAAAGCGUAUGCCAUGUUCUUUGCAUCGCGCGCUUGUGAGGCUCAAUAUGACAAGCUGCGAGAGAUGCAGGGGAGGAAUGAUCACUCUCUCCUGCCAUCUGUACACGCACUGACUGCGGGUCUGAAAGCAUACGUCACUUCGGAAGCGGCUGAUGGCGCCGAAGAUGCCCGCAAGAUGUGUGGUGGGCAUGGGUAUAUGGCUAUCUCGGGUCUUCCAGAUAUCGUUGGCGCUCUUGCUGGGGGUGCCACAUUCGAGGGCGAGAACUACGUGCUAUGGCAGCAGGUUGGUCGGUAUUUGCUCAAGCAGCUGGAUCGCCUGCAAGACGGCGACACAAUGGAGCUGCACACGCAGUACUUGGCUGAUUUGGACGAUCCCAAUGUAGUCUGUGCGGCGCAGGGUGAACAAUUCCUUAUGCACGAGACUCAGCUUGCUGUGUUUCGUCAUCGUGCACAGCGUCUGGCCACCAAGGCACGUGUGGCGAUUCGAGCUUCGAGUAAGGCACCAGCAGAGGCUUGGAACGAACAUAUGAUGCUGCUCAUUUCGAUGUCGCGGGCGCACAUUGAGUACUUUACUCUGCGUUCCUUUGUCGAUGCUAUCUCACAGUUGCCUGAUAGCACAUCUGCAAGCCUCCGUAAGGUCUUGGAGCGUGUGUGUUCACUCUUUGCGCUCUCUACGAUCAUCAAUCCGCGCUCUGUGGAUGCAUUGUCUUUCAUCGUAACUUGCGAUGGCCGGCCGCUGUAUCUCUCACCCUCUCAACUCGAUACCAUCCGCUUACUUGUCGACGACCUGCUUGAUCAGCUUCUACCCGAAGCCAUUGCGCUCACAGACGCAUGGGACUUUUCCGACGCCAGUCUGUGCAGUGCGAUUGGGAUGUAUGACGGUGACGUAUACGAGAACAUUAUGCGUUGGGUAAAGCAACUGCCGAUCAAUCAAAACGCGUGGGAAAACGGGGGUGUUCAGCAGGGCUGGAGGGAAUGCGUCGAUCCAAUUUUAAAACGCACGGAAACCCGAGCGAAAUUGUAG